AUGCAGCAGCAACAAGGAGAGAAAAAGCCCACAUUAGUCACUACCUUUGCAACUUUAUUGAUUUAUUUGAAGGAUCUAUUAUCAGACGUUAAACGGAAUAUCAAUUCUAAUAAUCCUCACUUUUUGGCACGCAUCGGUUUUGAUCAGACCAGUCAGGCUCUGUUAGAAUGUAUUGGAUACAUAUUAAAUGAGGAGCAAUAUUUCAUCCCUCCUGCUGUUGAAACUAUCGCCGAAAAAGAUAGGCUACAACAAAUCCAGCAAGAACUUAUGCUAUCAUUAAACUCGCUUCGCCAAGAAUUAGGCGUGACAACCGUACCUAAAUCAAAAGGUGAGGAAGGAUUGCAGUUCAACGACAAUGUCAUAUACGAAGAAUUGGGCGUUGUCGCAUCGCUUGAGCAUGAAAAAGCAAUGAACCAGAGUGAUGACUAUAUCAACGAUGCGUACGCUUAUUUUGGCUUGACUUCCGGCGCUUCUGACAGUCUGGUGACGUGGGCAUAUGAAAAGUUACUGAAUGAAACAACAAUAUUAGUGGAUGAUUACGAAGCUAUGGAUAAUCUAGUCAAAAUUGCCAACCACCGAAGUCAUUCAGAUGCUUUACAAGCACUGGUUGCUUGUGAGCGUAGCAAAGGCAGGAUUGGUCACAAUGAUGUGGGCGACGCAUAUGCUUAUUUCGGUAUCACAGCCGAUACUGCUGAGGAUGUAGAGUUGAUAAAGGGACUUUAUCGCAUUAAAAUGGGAGAUGAGCCUGCAGAAAAAAACACGCAUCAAGAAAAGCUAAAAAUUAUUGCUAUUGCUAGAAAUAGCUUUGAUUUAUUACAGUUUUUAAAACGAGAAAAAGGCAUCACAGCUUCAAGUGAUGGCCCUGCUAUAGAAAGUUUGACGGGAGUUCCUUCAUCUAUGAUCAAUCAGCAAGUGAAAACACCUGUUGGACUGAACAACAUAGGGAAUACUUGCUACUUUAAUAGUUUAUUGCAGUAUUAUAACGCAAUUAUACCUUUUCGCGAAACCAUCAUCAACAAUGAGGAACAUAUCGAAAGUGAAAAUAGUGAGCUUAAGCGAAUUGGCAAUAUCGUUGUGGAUCAAUUGGAAAUACGCCGCGCAAAAAAGUUUGUUGGGUUGUUGAGAGAAUUGUUUCUGAACCUACAGCAUACCAAUGAGAAAGCAAUUUCUCCACAAUAUGACUUAGCUUAUAUGGCCUUGUUGAAUGAGAAGGAGGAAGAAGAACAAAAACAACAACUACAACAACCAGAACAAUUACAGCAGUCUACUCCGAUAAUGGAUGAAAGGUUACCGGACGAAUUACCACCAAGCUAUGAAGAGAGUGAAGCUAAUCGUUCUGUAUCAGUAUCAGAGUUAACAGCCACAACGAAAGAAGUAAAAAAAGUGAAGCCUAGUGUCGACUCCAUGCUAUUUGGUAGACAACAAGAUGUCACAGAAUGUAUGAGCAACGUCAUGUAUCUUGUCGAAGCAGCCUUGAAACCUUUGUCCAAAACAGAUGAAGGAGAGCAGAUAGAUGAUAUGGUGCGCCAGCUUUUCUAUGGCAAAGCUCGUCAAAUUCUAACAUAUCAUGACGAAGUCGCCAAUAAGACCGUCACCAAAGAAAUGGAAGAAGACUUUUCCCAUGUUAUUGUGGAUGCAUCCGAACAAAAAAAUUUGUAUGAUGGAUUAGAUGAGUAUUUUUUUGCAGAUAAAGUGGAAAAUUAUCAAGGAGGACGAGAUGCUUUGAGGGAAGUGACUGUAAAACUGUUCCCUCCCAUCUUCCAAAUUCUUGUGCAGCGCGUGCAGUUUGAUAGGGCUACAGCCAAUGUUUACAAGUCGAAUGAAUUCAUUCAGUUUGAUAAAGUGAUUUACCUUGAUCGUUAUGCUGAUAAAAACUUCGAACUUUUAAAGGAUAAGAGAUUGCAAGUGAGUCAGUGGAGAGCAGAAUUAGAAAAAAACAAAAAGCUUGUUAAUAAAUAUACCAAAUUCAAGAAUUCCAAAUUAUCUGUACCUGAAUUAUUGGAAACAACACAUCAAAUAUUGAAAGAUUUAUCAGUAGGAGAUAAUUCUCGCAGCAAAGAAGAGUUGGAAAAAGCAUUGAACAUAUUAGAGAGAGAAAAAAAUUAUACUCGACAAAAGAUGGUUGAAAGUACAAAAAAGAUAAAGGAUUUGGAGGAGAAAAUCAAGCAUCAGUAUGAUGAUUGCCAAGGAAUGGCCUAUAAAUUGCAUGCAGUAUUUAUUCAUCAAGGCCAGGCAAGCUACGGGCAUUAUUGGAUCUAUAUUCUUGAUCAUAAAGAAGAUCAAUGGUGGAGAUACAACGAUUCACAAGUGACGAAGGUGCAAGAACAAGAAGUGGUCCGUGAUACGACGGGCUCAACAGCAAAUGCAUACUUCUUGGUCUACAUUGAAGCAGAUAAGGUGAAUGAGCUUGUAGAAACUGUCAUUCCUAAAUAA